UUGAUGUUAUUUUUUCAUUCCGGUAUGGGGGAAGUUUUAUCAGAGGAGCCAUUCGAAAUUACGCAGCAGGACAGCGAUAUCCACGAAACUACCGAUGGCACCUCCUCGCGCGAAAGCGCACGGCGGGACAUGGUCUCCAUCAAUAUGUUUAAAGUCUAUGAAAAGUACAGUAAGGAACCACAACGCCAUCGAGACGAAAAUACCGUUAGAAGUUUUAAGGCUAUUCCAGGUGAGUGUUCUCCUGCCCUAUGUACUGCAAACAGUGUGUGGUUCCAUUUUAACCUGUCGUCCAUCCAGGAGUCGGAGGACAUCCUCUCCGCCACAUUCCACUUCCUGGACCAGCGUCCCCGCCACCGACCCUGGAUCUGCCGGCGCUCCCGAAGCGCUUCCUGUCGCCUCCAGUGGCAUCCCCCGUCCCAGCUCCUCUUCCGAGGAACGUCCCCUAACUCUGCCUUUGGCUCCCUGCUGGGCAACGUCACCCUGCCCCCUCCCAGGAGAGGGUCCUGGCAGACAAGGGAUGUCUCCGCUGUAGUCAAAGAGGCCCGCAUCCUGGGAGUCUUCCUCAUUACCGCUGAGUUUGACUUCGGGAUGAGGCCCCAGAGGAACCAGGAGCGCCUUUCUCCAGCCAUUCUACCGUACGUCCUGGCGUAUGCCAACGACAUGGCCAUAUCUGAGCCCAACAGUGUGGCCAUGACCCUGCAGAGGUACGGGCCUUUCCCUUCGGGCGAGGAGCCCACCCGGUCAUCCAACGAAUCUCCUCCAGCGUCUAGGCUGAAAAGAGAAGCAUUGUCCCCCCUGGACCAAAUACUGGACAAUGACCUGCCUGAGGUCCAGUUCAACACCCUGAAGAGCCAUGAGCUCUGGGAGAGCACUUAUUUGGCUCCCAAGAUCAAGCCCUCUGUGAAAUAUGGGCAAAAGCAUGGCCAGGAGAGCAGUGAGGGGUUGAAUAAGCCCCAGGUGCUGAGCUUUGAUGAGAGGACCAUGAAGAAGGCUCGCAGGAGACAGUGGAGUGAGCCCAGGGUCUGCGCCCGACGUUACCUGAGAGUGGACUUUGCCGACAUCGGCUGGAGCGAGUGGGUGCUAGCCCCGAAAGCCUUUGAUGCCUACUACUGUGCAGGCACCUGUGGAUUUCCUAUUCCUAAGGUUGCCCGGCCCUCGAACCACGCCACCAUCCAAAGCAUUGUGAGGGCGGUGGGAAUUGUUCCCGGCAUUCCGGAGCCCUGCUGUGUUCCGGACAGGAUGAGCUCUCUGAGUGUUCUCUUCCUGGACCCCAGCCGGAACAUGGUGUUGAAGGUUUACCCCAACAUGUCUGUGGAGACCUGCGCCUGCCAGUAG